GACAAAAGUGCAUUUUAUAAUUAUUAAACGUAACUAAAUAUAUUUUUAAAAAACGUUUCUAAAUAUAUUUGAAAUUUGAUUGUUGAUGUGUAAUUGAAUUAUUAAAUGUUUAUUUUACCUUUUUUUUACAUAAUAUAUAGAAUUAUGUAAAAUUAUAUAAGUAGUUGAGUAAAUAUACGUAUAAGAGUAAGAUUCUUUAAUUUUGCUUUUCAAAGGCACUUGUUUAUUUAAGAAAAUAUUUAUAUGAAUUAAUUGAACUAUGAAUGGAUAUCAGAUGUUUUCGAUACAUAAUUUAGCAAAAAUUGCUUUUUGCGGAAGUAUUUUUGUAACAGUUACAGGAUAUACUUUAAAUUAUUUUAUUGAUAAAAGAAUUCGAAAAACAUUAACAUAUAGAAACGUACUGGAAAUACUUUAUAAUCAUAAGAAGACUAUUGAACAUUUGGGACAACCGAUAAAAGAAGGAAAAUUAAAAGCUGAUCCUAAUAAUGAAUAUAAUGAUAUUAAGAAAUUCACUCUUUAUAUGAAAGGAAUUAAAACUGCAGGAAAAUUAAAUUGUGAGUAUCAAGUAGAUGAAAGUGGAACCAAAAUAAAAAAAGUAGAAAUUGAAUUUAAUGAUGUUCCUGAUAAAAUCUUUGUGAUUCAUGAAAUUGAAUAAAUAUAAUAAUGAAAUAUAUUGUUUUAUUUUGUAUUUCUCUUAUAUUUUUCUGGUAUUGUUUAAAAGUUUACAAAAGCUUAUUACUGUAUAAACUUCAAAGAAGAGUUAAUAUGACAUUUUAAUUAUAUUUAAUAUUAUAAAAUUAUAUUGAAUAAAUAUAAUUAAUUUAUUUAA